AUGCAAAGUUCAUUAUUGGAACCAACUCUGUAUACAGUCAGAGGAAUGUUAAUUUUGGAUAACGAUGGAAAUAGAAUACUUGCAAAAUAUUAUAAUCCUAAUCUUUUUCCAACUCCAAAAGAACAAAAAGCUUUUGAAAAAAAUUUAUUUACCAAAACUCAUAGGGCAAACACAGAAAUUAUUAUGUUGGAUGGAUUAACAUGUGUUUACAAAAGUAAUGUCGAUUUGUUUUUUUAUGUAAUGGGAAGUUCACACGAAAAUGAAUUGAUCUUAAUGAGUGUUUUAAAUUGUUUUUAUGAAUCAGUUAGUCAAAUUUUAAGGAAAAAUGUUGAAAAAAGAAUUGUUUUAGAUAAUUUAGAUAUUGUCAUGCUUGCCGUCGAUGAAAUAUGUGAUGGAGGUAUUAUUUUGGAAGCAGAUAGUACUCAAGUAGUACAAAGAGUAGCUUUAAGAACAGAUGACAUUCCCAUUGGUGAACAAACAGUGGCUCAAGUUAUUCAGUCCGCUAAGGAACAAUUAAAAUGGUCAAUUUUAAAAUGA